AUGGGCUCAACGCAGUUCGGCAACUUCUUUAACUUUUGCCGAGAUUCGACACUGCCCGUCUGCAAUGUUCUCUCCAACAAUCACACCCAGGAGGGGCCGUGGGGCGGUUGCGAGCUGAAAGGAAUUCCUCUCAGUGACAACCGCAAGCUAGGCAAUUUGGGUGUCAUUUUGCUUUGCUUCGUGGCCAUCCUGACAACGGGCUAUCUCUACUUUAGAUCAGAGCGUAAGAAGGCUGCGGUCGGUCGAAGGGAAAUGCAACUGUUCCUGGUUGCUUUUGGCGUCAUUCAAUUAUGUGAAAUCUUCACCGUGGGAGAUUUUCCUCUGGGAGAGAGCGUUCGAAUCGCUUUUACCGGUAUUCACAUUGGCAUGAUCAUCGCGACAACCUGGAUUUUAAUGCUCAAUGCUGUCGUUGGUUACCAAAUCGUUGACGAUGGGACGCCCUUAUCGAUGGGUCUGAUCAUAGGCUCCGCGGUUGUUCUGCUCGGUGGAACGCUCUACAUCACGCUCGAUACCGGGUUUCACUGGACUGGCUUCUGGGACGAUGCAUACACAUCACCUCCCAAUCGCCACAUCGCCCUCUACGUCUUGUACCAACUGGCACCUCUCAUCUUCCUGGUUGCGUUCUUCGUUCUCGAGGGCAUCCUUGUCAUCCGUAUACUCGGCGAGAUGCGGCCGAUGCUCUACCUGACUGCCGCCUCGGUGCUCUUCGCCGUUGGCCAGAUCUUCAACUACGUUGUCAGCUCCCACAUUUGCGAGGGCACUGAUGGCAAGGUUGACGGCUCCUUGUUUCAGACUCUCUUCACCCUUUUGGCCGUCGUCACUGUAUGGAUUUUCUGGUCCAGCAUUACCGAAGAUGACUGGCCAAUGCCCGUUGGAAAUGCGUAUCCAUAG